AUUUCUGAACGUGGCAACUGGGCACUGUGCAUGAGCUGAAGUUUUGUUCAGAAUACAUAUAAUUUACCUGUAAAUGAAUGUACAUGUGAAUCGUUUAGGCUUUCAUAUAAACACGACAUUCAGAACCUUUUCAUCUUUGUCAUGAUGAUGCUGUGCAUUAUGCUGUUGUGUGUGAUCUUUGAUGCGAGAGUAAAUCUGUCCAGUUCUUACUAGGUUAUGUUUACAGAGGAGGAUGUGAAAUUCUACCUUGCAGAGCUGGCCCUUGCAUUGGAUCAUCUACACAACCUAGGCAUUGUUUACAGAGACCUGAAGCCUGAAAACAUUUUGCUUGAUGAAGCUGGACAUAUCAAGUUAACAGACUUUGGGCUCAGUAAAGAAUCGGUAGAUCAGGACAAAAAAGCGUACUCGUUCUGUGGCACUGUGGAGUAUAUGUCCCCUGAGGUGGUCAACAGAAGAGGUCACACGCAGAGCGCUGACUGGUGGUCCCUCGGCGUCUUAAUGUUUGAAAUGCUGACCGGCACAUUACCGUUCCAAGGAAAAGACCGGAACGAGACAAUGAACAUGAUUCUUAAAGCAAAGCUGGGAAUGCCACAGUUUUUAAGUUUGGAAGCACAAAGUCUUUUACGAAUGCUCUUCAAACGAAAUCCAUCAAAUCGUUUAGGAGCCGGUCCUGACGGAGUAGAGGAGAUCAAACGUCACGCGUUCUUCUCCACCAUCGACUGGAAUAAACUGUACAGAAGAGAACUUCAGCCUCCAUUCAAACCUGCUGCAGGGAAACCAGACGACACCUUCUGCUUCGACCCAGAAUUCACAGCCAAAACUCCCAAAGAUUCUCCAGGCAUUCCCCCCAGUGCAAACGCUCACCAGCUCUUCAAAGGCUUCAGUUUUGUAGCUCCAGUCUCUCUGGAGGACAGCAGAAGUGCCCCGCUGGUCAACAUUCUCCCCAUAGUGCAGAUGCACGGAGGCAUGGCUCAGUUUGCAGACGUGUACGAGCUGAAGGAGGACAUCGGCGUGGGUUCGUACUCCAUAUGCAAACGCUGCACACACAGAGUCACUGCCAUGGAGUUUGCUGUAAAGAUUAUUGACAAAAGCAAGCGCGACCCGUCGGAGGAGAUCGAAAUCCUGAUGCGGUACGGCCAGCAUCCCAACAUCAUCACGCUGAAGGACGUGUACGACGAGGGCCGCUUCGUGUAUCUGGUGACGGAGCUGAUGAAGGGCGGCGAGCUGCUGGAUAAGAUCCUCAGACAGAAGUUCUUCUCAGAGCGAGAGGCCAGCGCUGUGCUCUACACCAUCACCAAAACUGUGGACUAUCUGCACUGCCAGGGGGUGGUGCACAGAGACCUGAAGCCCAGCAACAUCCUCUACAUGGACGACUCGGGGAACCCCGACUCCAUUCGCAUCUGUGACUUCGGCUUCGCCAAGCAGCUGCGAGGAGACAACGGGCUGCUGCUCACUCCCUGCUACACCGCUAACUUCGUGGCUCCUGAGGUGCUGAUGCGGCAGGGCUACGACGCCGCCUGUGACAUCUGGAGUCUGGGAGUCCUGCUCUACACCAUGCUGGCGGGGUACACACCCUUCGCUAACGGCCCCAACGACACGCCGGAGGAGAUCCUGCUGCGCAUCGGCAGCGGGAAGUUCUCCCUGAGCGGAGGAAACUGGGACUCGGUGUCCGACUCCUCGAAGGACCUGCUGUCUCAUAUGCUGCAUGUGGACCCUCACCAGCGGUACUCCGCAGAACAGGUGCUGAAGCACUCGUGGAUCGCCUGCCGCGACCAGAACCCACACUUCCAGCUCACUCGCCACGAGGCGCCUCAUCUGGUGAAGGUACGGCACGCUUCUCGAUCCUCAGACACUGAGGCGAUGCUUGACUGUGUCGUGUGUGUCUCUCGCAGGGAGCGAUGGCUGCCACGUACUCCGCGCUCAACCACCAGACGUGUAAGCCGCUUCUGGAGCCGGUCGCUGCCUCCAGUCUGGCUCAGCGCAGGAGCAUGAAGAAGCUGACGUCUGCAGACAUGUCCUGAGGAGCCUGACGCGCGUCUCGAGCUUCUGUUUCUCUCUGGGAGAGUGAAGAACACCAGCUCCAUCACGUGUUUGAAUGCUCUCGCUCCGAGACCCAGAGCUCACGAAGAAACGUCCAGCUCGUGUAGUUUGUGCAGAGAGUACAGGAAGCCUGUUUGUUGGACCAUUAAGAACAUUUCGUGACAACCCAAUCCCGCAGAUUUCCUGUAUAUCAGGAUUAGUUUUCGCUAAAUUCUCCAGUAUGUGGUACGAGACGUUCUUCUAAAUGCUUUACAGGUGAAACGAUGUCUAGUUUUUCCCACAUGAGCUGAAAGGAGAUGAUAAAUGUGCUGAAUUGUCUAGAGCAUCACAAACAGGCUUGGUUUUCCUCGCGCACGAUACGCUUGUGACCUGCACAUUCCUCGCCGUUCUCCAUCUGUGAGCCACUUCCUGUCCCCUUAGUGUUGCGAAGCACAUGGCAUUACCUCAGAAGCACUCAGUGUUAGCGUCUCUUCGGCUCGGUGUAUAUAGACUCGUUCAUCAUGUGUUUGUGUGGAUCCCUGAGCACAUUUGCACUGAGGCUCGGCAGCUCGUCUGUUCCCGUCUCGGACCGCUCUUUGCCUUUUGUUGAAUGGGAAGUACAUGAGCAAAAGGUGGAGAAAUUAAUCUAUAUUUAUAAAGUCGAAUGAGGUGAGUGAAUGUAGAUGAGACUGAAUCCACGAAAUCGCAUCUCUCUGCUCCAGAUGGAGGGAAAAAUUAUUCCAUACAACUUUGUGGAAACUGUAUCAUAUUGUAUUUAUUUCACUUGUUUUUAAGAUUUUAUUUUUCUUUCAGGUGAUGUACAUAUUGACAUUAAAGAACAUUAUUGACAUGA